AUGGUCGAACUGGUUGGAUGGAUCUGAGCGGUCCAUCCAGAGGACGAUCCAGCUGACGCGCCGGGUGAUAAAUGGUGCACACCCAGUCAAUGCCUCGUUUUCACAGCGCAGCUCAAAAUGGCGUCUUGGCUGCUCAACAAGCCGCGCUCUGAUUGGUUCCUGCUGAGUGUUCCAGGGUUUCUAUUGGUUUCUGAAGGUUUAUUUUGAUAUAGGAAAGUUUACGGGCUGCUGUGCUGCGUGUGGGAAAGGUGUGACUCCAGUAAGUUGGUUUUAAAGCCUCCAUCCUGUCGGAUUUUACGUUUUCAGCUGAAUUUAAACUGAGAGCGGCUGCUGUUGCUGGUUACUAGGGUUACCAGUUGCCAGGGUUACCAUGGCUGACCGGGAUUCAGAAGAAGAGGAGCAGGGAGUAGCAGGAGGAAGGUCUCUCAAUGAAGCCCAGAGACAGGUGUUGGACAGGUGUCUGCACGCGCUCAGGCACGCGAAGAAUGACAGCCAGACGUUAGCUGCUCUGCUGCUGAUAACCCGCCUGUGCCCAGCGAGUCAGUUGGAUAAACCCACCAUGCGGAGCAUCUUUGAGGCCGUGGGUCUAAACCUCCCUGCUCGCCUCCUGGUGACAGCCGUCCGGGACACUGAAGGCUCAGGCUUGCCCCGCUAUGAGCUCCUCUCUCUGGGCACGGCGCUGCUCGCUGCCCUGAGCACAGACCCAGACAUGGCCUCCCACCCCCAGCUCCUCACCACCAUCCCCCUCCUGCUGGGCCUUUUAGCUGAUGGUUUGGAGUUGAACCUGCAGAACCGAGCCAGUGUCAGUCCAGAAGAUCAUCCCAAAGGUAAAGGGGUCGGUGAGAGGAAGGAGACCAGAAAGUCAGAUGGGGAUGAAGGCAGGGAUGCAGACGGAUCUUCAGCUGUUCAGGAUACUUCCAAACUUGAUGAAGCCAUGGCUGCAGACUGCUUCCUGGUUCUGACGGCUGUGUGUGGAUUACCCAGGGGAACUGAGCAGCUUCUGAACCGGGGGGCCAUCCCUGCUCUGUGUCGGGUAGUGGAACAGAACAAGACCCUCAACCACCAGAGGGCGCUCUCCCUGCUCGGGAGCCUUCUCUCUGGUAAAACCAAAGAGAAGGCGUGGAGUAAACACCCAGCAGAACUCCUCUCUCUGCUGCUUAGACUCUCCAAAGACUUCUGCCGGUCCUCAGGCCUGACCCGGUUUCAGAUGUGUGCCCAGCUGGUGCAGUUCCUGCCCCCAGCAGGGAUGGCGUCAAAGAGUGAGGAGCUGAAAGAGGCUAUAAGCUUUGUGUGGGCCGCACUAAGACCCAUGCUGCAGGCCAAGUUAACACCUAAACAGAUCGGGUUGGUUCUGGUCCUCAGUGCCUGCUUACUGGACCUGUAUGGGUGGGAGUCAGUGGGCCCACCCAAGUUCUGCUGUCUGCUGGUGAACCGGGCCUGUGUUGAGGUCAGGAUGGGUUUGGAAGAACCUCCUGGAAAUGAUCUGAGUCCAGAGCUGCAGCAUACGCUCACAGGGUGUUACCGGAUCAUGGAGGCUGCCAUGGAGCAGGCCUGCACGGCAGGAGACGCCGCACCUCCUCACAGCUCCUCCUUGAAUGCUCUCAGCCUGCAGCAGAGCCGGCAGGUCCUCGGAGUCCUGCAGGAGGCCUUUUCUGCCAUCAUGUUCCACCUGCAGCAGGUGGACCCCAGUCGCUUCUCCGACCCGUUUGUGUUCGCAACAUUCCGUGCUCUCUGCUCAUGGCUGGCUGAGGAGACUUCCUGCCUGAAGGAGGAAGUAACUGGACUCUUGCCAUUCCUGAUCGGUUACGCACGGUACCACCUGCAGGAGGGAACCUUCGAGCAGAGCCUCUCGGAUUGGUUGGCCCAGGUGUCUGUCAGUGAGGAGAGAGAGGCCUGGACGGGCGGGGAGGCUCUCAGGUAUCUCCUCCCUGCUCUGUGCCACCUGUCGGCUGAGGACGCUCCCAGGAAGGUGCUACUCAGCCUGGAAACCCCAGUGCUGCUGGUCAACUUCCUGACACGGGGCUGGACCUCCUUGAGGGGGAGGAGCGGCUCAGCACUUACCAGAGAUCCCAGCAUGGAGACGGCAUGCUCCACCCUCCUUAACUUUGCCGUGACGGAGCCAGAGAGCGUCAGGAAGGAUCCAUGUUUCAGAACCCUGGAGGCCCAUCUGAGUGAAGCACUUCCUGUUCUGGUGCAUAAGCCCCGCCUCCAGGUCCUAGCAGCCAAUUACUGCACUCUGGGGCUUAUGAUUGGCCGACUAACAACUCCGACUGCAGGUACGGAGGGAGCAGCCCAGAGAUGUUUCUUCUCUGCAGCCCUGCGGUUCCUCCGUAGGGCCCUGCGCUCUGGCUCUGGUUCUGGUCCGGUUCAGGUGAGCGUCAGCUGGGAGGAGAGCUGGGAGGAGGCUGCGGAGCUGUGGCGUUUGUCCCUGCAGGCUCUGGCAGGCUGCGUUCGGGCUCAGCCGUGGAUCAUCGGGCUGAUCCGAGACGAAGGCUGGCUGAAACACAUCAUGGGGGUUCUGACGGAGAGCAGCGGCCUGCCUGAGCGGCACACUGAGGAGGUGCUGGAGGAGGUGCUGUGUGCCGUGGUGGAGCACCAACCCGACAGUCAACAGGAGAUCAGAGAGGUAAUGAGGAGCAGUGGGGGAGGAGCUCUGAGCAGGAUGAAGAACCUGAAGAAGUUGGUGGGAGUUUAAACAAUAAAGGCUUGCUUGACUGAACCCUGGCUGAUGUGGUUUCUACCUGGAUCAUGUUCUUAAGUUCUGUCACCUCCAACAUCUUCACUCUGUGGGAGACAAAUGUUUAAUAAAGAUCUAUUUUAUUACAGAAGCUCA